AACUAUUCAAAUAUUCUAUUUGAACGUUUUUAGGAAUAUACCAGUGGAUAUUAUAGAAUUCCGGCAUUUUUUUUUACAAAAGUUAUUUCGGAUAUACUUCUAUUACGAAUCAUCCCAUCGAUCGUAUAUUCACUAAUUGUUUAUUUUCUGAUUGGAUUACAACGUACUGCAGAAAAAUUCUUUAUCUUUCUUUUUACUAUAUUCGUGUGUAGUUUAUUUGGAUCAGCAAUAUGUUUGUACUUUUCCGCACUUAUUCAUACAUUUUGUAAGACUAUAAAAAUAAUAUUUUAUAAAGAGUACGCAUUUUAAUUUUAUUUGUAUAUAUUUUAGCUACUGCUUUAGUUAUUGUGAUACUUAUCUUCGUAAUAAUGAUGGUAUUUUCUGGUUUUAUAGUUGAUUUAUCUGGUGUAAAAGAUUGGGUAGCUUGGAUUAAAUGGUUGAGUGCUUUUCGAUAUGCAUCGAAUAUGUUAACAAUCAAUGAAUUUCGUGAUAUAACUUUUUGUUUGGCUAAUAUGACAUCGAUUUGUCCAACCAAUGGAACGGAUAUAUUAAAAAAUAAAAACAUCAAUUAUCAAACAGAUUGGGAUAGAUGGCAAAAUAUUCUAGCAUUAGCAGCGAUGGCUCUGAAACAAGCUAUGAAACAAUCAACGAUCGGUGUAUUUUUUGUUCUGUUUAUAUUCAUUGUAUGCAACUCAAUAUUGGUCGAUGCCCGUGGAUGUUGGGGAAGUGGAUGGGGUGGUUGCAAUGAUGGUGGAUGUAAUUCAGCAGGAGGUUAUUGUCAAAAUUUUGGACGGCCGCCAAACAAUGACUGUCGAUGUGUUGGUAUACGAAGUAGACAUCCACCACGGCGACCUUUCGGACGGCCUGGAUAA